ACUAUGCAUACUUGGAAAGUGUGGGUGAUCUACAUAGCCUUGGCUGCACUCCUCCCUGAAGAACAAGCCCUGGGACAGGCCUGUCUUUCUUGCGAUGCCACUCAGUCUUGCAACUGCUCUUCCAUGGGUUUGGACUUCAUUCCCUCGGGGCUCACGGGCAAAAUCACGGCGUUAAACCUGGCCCACAACAGGAUAAAGCUGAUCCGGGCACAUGAUCUGCAGCAGGCUGUGAACCUGAGAGCCCUGCUGCUGCAGUCCAACCAAAUCAGCUCCGUAGACGAGGACUCGUUUGCCUCCCAGGGGAAACUGGAGCUCUUGGACUUGUCAAAUAACAGCCUGGCUCACUUGUCCCCGGUGUGGUUUGGGCCCCUUUUCUCGCUCCAGCACCUCCGCAUUCAAGGCAAUUCCUACAGCGACCUGGGAGGAAGUUCCCCCUUUUCCAGCCUGAGAAACUUGAACUCCCUCCACCUGGGCAACCCACACUUCUCCAUCAUCAGGCAAGGAAACUUUGAGGGCAUUCCGUUUCUCAACACGCUGAAGAUUGACGGUGGCAAUCUCAGUCAGUACGAACCUGGAAGUCUGAAAUCGAUUAGGAAGAUAAAUCACAUGAUCAUAAGCGUGCGAAGGAUUGAUGUAUUCUCAGCAGUCAUCAGGGACCUUCUGCACUCUGCCAUUUGGUUAGAUGUAAGAAAACUAGCAUUCAGUGUUCCUGAAAAAAUACAACUUUUGAGAAUUAUGUCUUCCUCUUUCGCAAAGAAAAUAUCUUUAAAACAGUGCUUAUUUACAGAUGCUACUGUACCUGUGAUUGUCAGCAUUUUAGAAGGCAUGCCAAGAUUAGUGGAGGUGGAGAUGAAAGACUGUACACUCUUGGGCACUGGUCAGUGGUAUACACAAAUUCAUGCAAAGCAGUCACAAUCUCUGAGGGUUCUGACAAUAGAAAAUUUAUCUAUAGAAGAAUUCUAUUUGUUUACAGAUCUCCAGUCUGUACUAAAUCUACUAUCUCUUUUUAGGAGAGUCACAGUUGAAAAUACCAAGGUGUUUCUGGUACCAUGCAAACUUUCACAACAACUUCUGUCAUUGGAGUAUCUUGACCUUAGUGCAAAUUUACUUGGUGAUCAGAGUUUGGAGCAUUCGGCCUGUCAGGGUGCAUGGCCUUCAUUACAAACUCUAAAUCUUAGUCAGAAUUCAUUGAGUGACUUAGAAAUGACAGGUAAAAGCUUGUUUCAUCUAAGAAACCUAACUCUCUUAGACAUCAGUGAAAACAAUUUUGGUGAGAUUCCAGAUGUGUGUGAAUGG